AUGGCCCCGCACGACCGCGCGCUGCGGCGCUGGCUCCGCUCCCUCGCCGACAAACGCGUGGAGGACCUCAUCUUCGUCAACAGGCCGUUCCCCCUCGACGUGUACCUCCCCGCCGACGUCCUCCUCAUCUCAUCCCUCCGCCGCCUCUACCUCGGCUUCUGGUACUUCCCGGACAUCCCCGGCCUUCCCGCCGGCCCUCAGGUCUUCCCCCACCUCCGGGAGAUCGGCCUCUGCAGCACCGUCAUCAGCGCUGGGGAGAUCGAGUACUUGCUCCAGUGUAGCCCCGUGCUCGAGACGCUCGCGAUUAUCCUCAGCACCAACCCUUCCUCUCACGUCCGCGUAGGCAGCCGCAGCCUCCGCUGCGCCGUCUUGUGGAUGUCCAUGGCACGUGAAGUCGCCGUUGUGGCAACCCCGCGUCUGGAGCGUCUCAUCCUCUGGCAGACGUGCCCGGGUGCCCCCAGCGGCGUGUUCCCCACCAACGUGAAGAUUGGCUACGCCCCUGAGCUGCGCGUCCUGGGCUACUUGGAACCAAGCAUACACGCGCUAGAGAUCGGCAACACCGUCAUCCAGCCUGGAACAAGGAUGAGCCCGGCUAACAUGGUUCCAAGUGUUAAAAUAUUGGCUUUGAAAGUGCGAUUUGGAAUCCGCAAGGAGACCAAGAUGCUCCCCACCUUCCUGAGAUGCUUUCCCAAUGUCGAGACGUUGCACGUCAUGUCCGAUGAAGCUGAUGAGCCCAGUGGUAAGUGCAACCUCAAGUUCUGGCAGGAGGUAGCCCCUAUUGAUUGCCUGGAGGCACACGUCAAGAAGGUGGUGUUCAGCCAGUUCCGAGGGAAGCGCAUGGAGCUUGCAUUCCUCAGAUUCAUCCUUGAGAGAACACAAAUGCUGGAGAAACUGGUGGUCGGUCUGGUCAACGGAGACACUGCAUUGGAGGAUGAUGAGACGUGCACCAAGCUGAAAGCUUUGGCUAUGGCAAGAAGGGUCAGCGAGUGCCCUAUGACGGUGUUGGUUGUCGCACGCCAGGGAGACAGCGCUUGGUGCUUCCGCAGAGCAUCUGAUCUUUCAGCGAGUGACCCAUUUGAUGGCUGA